AUGGCAUUCAGAAAGCGCAGUGUUGUUCCUCAAUCCGGAGGUACCGCCUCUAGUCCUGCGGUCUCAGCAAAGCCAGCCCUCGCCCAAGGUGUAAGGCCAUCACCCUUAGACGGACGCCUGACGACCUCAACUGGGACGCACUCACUGGACUCUCUUCUUGCUGGACAUUCUGGGCUGGCUCUAGGAACUUCUCUCUUGGUCGAAGAAAAUGGCACGACGGAUUUUGCAGGUGCGUUGGUAAGGUACUAUGCUGCCGAGGGGAUUGUCCAGGGGCAUCAUGUGCAUGUGCUAGGCGUGCACGAGGCUUGGGGAAGGGAAUUACCUGGAAUCAGUGCUGCUGGAGAGGGUUCUUCGGGGAGAGCUGAGCAGAGAGCUGAUGAGAAGAUGAAGAUUGCGUGGCGGUAUGAACGGUUGGGAGAAUUUGGAUCUGGAGCAAGAGAUAGAAAUCCGGCACAGCAGAGAGGAGGCUCGGAUCCUUUGAGCACUUCUGUAUUCUGCCAUGAUUUUGAUUUGAGCAGGCGGCUAGUUCUACCUUCUCCUUCUAAUAUGAAGCUCGUGCCUAUAUCUACGCGGCCAAAUUCCGACUUCCAGGACCAAAUUUCCCCUGUGUCUCCCUUCACGGGAUACUUGAACCAUCUCACUUCCCAAAUUUCAGCUACUCCACCCAACGCCAUCCACCGAAUUGUCAUCCCAAACCUUCUCUCUCCAGCAAUAUACCCCUCAGAAGCAGCACGACCCGAAUACAUCCUGCAAUUCCUCCACGCCCUCCGCGCCCUGCUCCGCAAACAUCCAGCCCAAUUCACAGCCUUCAUAACUCUUCCGCUAAACCUCUACCCGCGGGCCACAGGCCUCACUCGGUGGAUGGAGCUCCUCAGCGAUGGGGUCCUCGAACUCGCACCCUUUCCAUCAACGGCAAUCGCCACCAAGUCGAACCCGACAUCGACGCUCCAAGAGGAUCCCCCACAAGGCAUGUUGAAGAUCCACCGAUUACCGAUCUUCCAUGAGAAGGGGGGCGGAGGGGGAGAGGCGAGCGGGUUCGGUGACGACUUGGCGUUUACGUUGAGUAGGCGGAAGGGACUGGUCAUCAAGCCGUUCAGCUUGCCACCGGUGGAGGGGGAUGCGGAGGGACAGCAAGGGAGCAAUGAGCAUGAGAAAGGGAAGGCGACGAAGGUGGAUAUUGAGUUUUAA